UCCUCUGUCUGCAACGCACGCUGCGCCGCCCACAGCCACGCUCCGUCGUCGCCGACACCGCCGAACCAGUACAGCUCUCCACCUCGCCGGCCGGCCACGCCGAGAGAACCGGGCAGCAUGGCGCUCUAUAACAACAGUUUGACGCACUAUUACGACUACGUCUUCACGGACUUAGCGGACCCGCGCACCAACGACUGGUUCCUGAUCAGCAGCCCGAUGCCGGGCCUCACGCUGCUGGGGGCCUACCUCUACUUCGUCCUCUCCGCGGGCCCGCGCUACAUGAGGCACCGCAAGCCCUUCGAACUAACCAACGUGCUCAUCUUCUACAACUUCGUGCAGGUCCUCAUCAGCACUUGGAUUUUCUGGGAGGGUCUAGAUGGGGCGUGGCUCCGACAUUACAAUUGGCGAUGUGAACCAGUGGACUUCUCCAACACUCCUCAGGCCAUCAGGGUUGCGCGUGGUGUUUACAUUUAUUUCCUGGCAAAACUGACAGAACUCCUUGAUACAGUUUUCUUCGUGCUACGAAAAAAAGACCGUCAGAUCACUUUUUUGCACAUGUAUCACCACACUGUGAUGCCAAUGGUGUCAUGGGGAGCCACAAAAUACUACCCUGGAGGCCAUGGAACGUUCAUUGGAGUGAUAAAUUCUUUUGUGCACAUAAUUAUGUACUUCUACUACAUGAUGGCAGCUAUGGGACCACAGUUCCAGAAGUAUCUGUGGUGGAAGAAGUACAUCACUACAUUGCAGAUGGGCCAAUUUUGUCUGGCUUUCUUGCAUUCCUUCCAGUUGGUCUUCUAUGACUGUGGCUACCCUAGAUGGUCAGUUUUCUUGACACUACCAAAUGCCAUAUUCUUUUAUUAUUUAUUUAAUGACUUUUAUGGAAAGGCAUAUUCAAGCUACAACAAAAAUCAGUCUGGCGAGGAGAAAUCUAUAAGCAAUGGAAAAGUGGUUGAAGAAAAACAAGAUUCACAUAAUAAAGAAAAGGAAGCAUGAUGAGGAUCAGAAAGGAAACUUUGCCAUUCAUUUUUCUGUUUAUGGCUGUGGUAUGUCGAAAAGCUGCCCAACAUAGACUGUUUCAUCGUCUGAAGCACUGAUUAUGCAGCUGUGUCAAUGAACAUUUUGCAUGUUGUAUUUGUCGAUGCUGCAGAAAUAAUGGAAAAUUAAUCUUCAUGAUAUUUCCAUGGUUUCUGUUUGAAACCCACUGUUUUGUCAUAAGAUGUAGUACAUGUUAUUUUUGUGCUCUCUGUUAGCUUUUGAAUGAAAAAAGGGAAGAACAGUGGACAUAUAUUUUAUUUAGUGUAGUAUUUUUGACAUUUUUCUUGUCAAACCAAAGGUUUUUCUGUACCGCUAUGGUGGUUCCAGAUGUAAUACUGGACCUGUCUGUCAAAUGACUACUUCACAAUACAUAAUAUUUCACAUGGUCUAAGAAACUGCUAUAAAUAUAUAUGAUGCUUUGAUUCACUAGCUUUCGAUCAAGUAUGUUAAAGAUCAUUUGCCUUAGAUAAUAAUUUUACAAAUUAUAGAAUAAUGAAGAUGAACACACAGUGUAAAAUUCAUUGGAAUGAUUAAAAACUGUACGUCACAUUUCACAUUCACUGGUGAAACUCUAUUUGCCACAUAUUUUUACCUUAAUUGACACCAAUAUAAUAAACUCAAAAUUCGUUCGGUUAAAUUAUUUCUUGCAGCCAUCUGGGCUGAUGAAAUAUUAAAAAUGUGCCAGUUUCUGACAAAUUUGGUGAAUAGUAACAGAAAUGCCAUGAGUUAUUCUAAAAUUGGCUUCUAAGUUUACUUUUAGUAACAAAACUUCAUUCUGCUGAUAAAAUAAUGGAUCUAUCUUUUUUGUCUUAGAGAUUGAUUAAAAAACUUUAUAUAUUGAGGUACUAUUUACCUUCCAUAAAUAAAAAGAAUCAUAUGCACACACAUCACACUAUCAUCAUAAAUUGAAGAAUAGCCUUUGGGUUUGUGGAAUGUGUCAAUAAAAAGCUAUGUACACUUUCUUUCCUUUGUUAAACUGCAAAUAAUUUUCAAAAAUAAAUUAUUUAUAUCGCAAAAAGCUUUUUUUAUGUCUGUUUAAGUUUAUUUAGUUAUUGAUGUUAUAAACCGAAAGGUUGUUUGUAAAAAUGUCUAUUUAUUGUACAUUUAUUAAGGAUUUCAUUCAUUGAUAAUGAUGUAUUUCUUCAGCUUUAUCACUCUGAAUUGUUUCUAGUACAUUCCAUUACCCAAAAUUUGAAGAAAACUGUAACAUCAUUAAGCAUUUUUUUAUGAAUUUCUUGGUGUCUUUAUUCCAUUCUAGAUUAAUAACUUUUCAGUAAAUUUUCAUUCAGAUGCCUGUUACAAUCAUUCUAAAUGUAACUAUACCUACAUUUAUUACACAUAAGUGUCCUUGCACAUUGAUGCAUAUAUGUAUACUUAACAAUAAGGUAAAUAAUUUAACAUUUAGAAACAUGAAAUAAGUUGUCUUAUGUUUGAUAGCACUGAUUUACCACAAGACAGGCAACAGAAAAGACAGUCAUUCAAAAAUAUUUUGAAUACAGCUUCUGUUGAAAUGGUUCUAUUGUUUUUCUUUGAUCUGCUGAAUACUAGAGGAAUUUUAAGUCUAUCAGCAGAAUGGAACAUGGAGCAAACAUUGUUAUUACAUGAACGGUAUAAUUCUUACAUCUGUAUUUUUGCUGUAUUUCAAAAUGUCAAUAUCAUGUCCUUUAAAUAAGAUUAAAAUCUGUGAUUCAAAAAUAACUGUGCCAUUUGAUUCAUAAAAUGAAUUCACUGCCAACAUUUUUGUACUUUGGGUAAGUGGUA